GUAGUUGAAGUCUCCACAAAAACCUUCUUUUAAUAAAACAGAGAACUUUCUCAGCUUUUCUUUAUCGCUUUGCUUCCCUUUUCUUAACCAUGUCUGGCGAGCAAUAUCUUCAACCCCAGUUCUGAAAAAGCUCUCCAUGGAGUUCGAUCUCGAAAACCCAUUGACCGAUUUCCAUGAACCGCACUCUGACACCAUCACUUCUCUCUUCCUCGUUGAAUCUGAUCACAUGCCAUCAGAAAACUACCUUCAGAGUCUCCAAGCCACAGAUUUUGGUAUCUUUGUUCGACAACAAACCAUCUCUUCAAUUUCAAAGUUCUCUUGCAACUUCGAUCCGCUCUUAUCCUACCUUGCCGUCAAUUAUCUUGAUCGCUUCUUAUCUAGCCAGGGGAUGCUGCAACCAAAGCCAUGGGUUCUAAGGCUUCUUGCCAUCUCCUGCAUUUCACUAGCUGCCAAGAUGAAGAAAACAGAGUUUUCCCUCGCUGAUUUUCAGGGUGAUGGAGGUUUUAUUUUUGACACACAAACAAUGGAGAGAAUGGAGAUCCUCAUCUUGGGAGCUCUAAAAUGGCGGAUGCGUUCCAUCACACCCUUUUCUUUCAUAUCUUAUUUCAUUUCCUUGUUCAAAGUUGAAGACCCAUCACUGAGGCAGGCUCUCAAAGCCCGAGCUACAGAAAUCAUAUUCAAAGCUCAAAAUGAUAUUAAGCUUUUGGAGUUCAAGCCUUCAGUAAUUGCUGCUUCAGCACUUCUCUCUGCCGCUCAUGAAUUAUUGCCCUUGCAAUAUCCUUGCUUCCGAAGCGCAACAUCCAAUUGUUCAUAUGUAAAUAAAGAGGAGUUGUUGCAAUGCUUCAAGGAGAUGCAGGAGAUUGUGAUAGAUGGGUACGAGUCAGUGCUGGAGAUGGUAUCGAGCUCAGUGACAACGGUCAAUGUGUUAGACCAGAAGUUUUCAAGCUCCGAAAGUGAAAAAACUAAUGGCACUUUUACUACAAUGAGGCCAGAGAGAGACAUAAAGAGGAGAAAAAUCAUUGAUUACUGUGGAAAUCUCACGGUCCAGAUUUCUCGGAUUCCACAGUACUGAUGAGCCUGAUUCCAGAAAAAGUUUUUUCACUCAUCUAUGAGAGUAACGGUACCUGCUGCAGGGGGGAAAAACAGAAGAAAAAAAAAAAAGAAAAAAAAAAAAGGAGAGGUGGGGUGGGUGAGAAAGAUCAAAGAAGUUGAUAUUUCAUGGGCGAAAUUAAAUCACUGUUGCAUGAUCUGAUGAGAGUAUGGCCCAUUGCUCUCUUUGGGUAAGACAGAUGGGAGAAGAGAGAAGAGAAUUUUUGUUUCCAUUUGUUUUUCCUAGGGACCAAACAAAGACAAAACAUAACUUUGAAUUGUAGGGUUGAAUUUUCUGUUU